AGGGAUAUGGCAGAAGAGGUAGCGUGUGGUUUCCAUGGAAACCGUUGGCUGCAAACCGUCGGUAAAAGUUUUAAAACCGUAGAGAAACUUGAACCACACGCCUCAGAUGCUAUGGGGGUAUCACUGACCAAGGCAGUCCAGUGGACCUCAGCCAGCUCUGGUACUGGCAAACUGGAGUUCACACCAAUGAAUGAGUCCUUGUUGAAAGAAAUCCUGCGCUUUGUGGAGCAGUUCAACUCCCAACACCCACAGGAGGCAAAGCAUGUGUUUGAGGAGCCGCUGCAGUGGAGUACCACUUUAGUGGCAUCUGAUUUCAAAACAGACUAUGACAUCAGUGACUCAGAUGUACAGUCCCAUGAGAAAGACAGUGAAGGGCACCCAUUGUUGCAGCUCUCCCCUCCUAAUGUUUAUGCACGCAGCUUCAGCCAGCUCUCUAAACUAAUUCAUCUGGCCGAUGAUAAGAAGCUGGAGGAGGUUCGAGCGUGUCUAGAAGGAAAUAGAGACCCUAUGGUUAAGAUUCUUGGUCCCAGCUUAACCAGCGUCCUGCAGAAAGGAGGUGCCCAUACUGAAGUGAAAGAGGAAGAUCAAGGCGAGGACUCGAAGGUCAAGCUGUUCCUGUUGCUCCAAAAUAUGGAUAACCAACUCCUCAAUAAGUGCCUCCAAGAGAUAUCAGAACAAGUCAGCCUUGACCCCGCUGCGGUGAAGAACGAGGUGGAGCUGUUGAAACAGCUCUGUAGUGAAGGAGAAAAGAGGGUGUUGAAGUCGGUUCGAUACACAUCAGAUUAUGAAUUCUCAAAUGGCUGCCGCGCCCCUCCGUGGAGACAGGUGCAUGGUGAAAUUUGUUACCUUGUGAUUGAGCCUUGUGACACUGAGACCCUCUACAUCACCCGCAGCACCGCCGGAGCUUUCCUCAACGGGGGUAUAAAACAGGAACAGGAGGAGAGUGGCUACGAGCGAACAAGUGAUACAUACAAAGACCUGGUAACACUUCUGACGAGCAGAUCUCCACAUUUUGCUGAGAACAUAAACAAGCAGGAUUUUGCAGUUCAAGAACUUCCAUCAACACAAAAGAUCCAGCAUGUGGAAUCGGUUGAUGCGGAGGAACAAGGCCAACCCCAGAGGUCUUACGAGCAACAGGAAAAGAAUGUGCAUGAGAAGGCGAGACAACAGCAUGCACCGAACAAGGCAGACGGCGAGAAGAAAUAUGAACCAUGUCCGAGAUGGAAGAAUCUCGGUCUCAUGCCUCCAUGUGGGAAAGCAGAGGAAAAGAAACCCAGUAAGAGCUCUGGAGAGGAGACGUCUGGUGAAAUACAGAAGAAAAAGCUGGGACCAGCAGCCAAGAGCAAGAUGAAAGCAGAAUUCUCUGUGUCCUCUUUACCAGGACGCCUGUCCUCCCAGAAAAUUAAGACUUCAGCAGGAGCCGUGCCAGUGGACGCUUUCAGUGAGAGUUCAUCUGAGAGCGAGGAAGAGGAAGAGCAGCCAGAGCGCCGUGCAGAGAGUAACACAGAUCUGCCUUCUGAGUACUGGGAGAUCCAGAAAGUGGUCAAGUUCCUCAAGGGAGGCGACCAGACGGCCACUGUGCUCGCUCUGUGCGCAAUGAUGGACUUUAAUUUGAUGCAGGAGACGUGCCAACUGGCCAUCCGGGAUUUAGGUGGCCUUGAAGUCCUCAUUAACUUGCUGGAUACAGAUGAAGUCAAAUGCAAAAUUGGAUCUCUGAAAAUCCUGAGAAAGAUUAGUCACAAUGUGCAAAUCCGUCGGGUCAUUGUUGACAUGGGAGGCCUGCAGAGCAUCGUGAAGAUUCUGGACUCGUCUGUCAAGGACCUCAAGGCCUUAGCUGCUGAGAACAUCGCUAAUGUGGCCAGGUUCCACAGAGCUAGGAGAACCGUCAGGCAGUAUGGUGGUAUCAAAAAACUGGUAAAGCUGCUGGAGGGGGACGUAGAGGUGGCUCGCUGUGGGGCUCUGGCAUUGUGGAGCUGCAGCAAGAGUACCAAGAACAAGGAGGCCAUCCGUAAGGCCGGGGGGAUCCCUCUGCUGGGACACCUGCUCAAGUCUCCACAUGAGAACAUGCUUAUUCCUGUGGUGGGCACACUGCAGGAGUGCGCCUCAGAGAAAAGCUUCAGGAUUGUUAUUCAGACUGAAGGGAUGAUCAAGGAUUUAGUCAAAAACCUAAACAGUGAGAAUGAUGAGCUACAGAUGCAUUGUGCCAGUGCAAUCUUCAAGUGCGCAGAGGACAAACAAACACGUGACCUGGUGCGAAAGUACAAAGGUCUGAAGCCGCUGGUUUCACUGCUGAGCAAAGAGGACAACAAGGAGCUCCUAGCUGCUGCCACCGGGGCCAUCUGGAAGUGUUCCAUCAGUAUGGAGAAUGUGGAUGAGUUACAGAAGUAUAAAGCCCUGGAGACCCUGGUUCACCUGCUGACUGAUGAGCCUGAAGACGUGCUGGUGAAUGUAGUGGGAGCCCUGGGAGAAUUUGCCCAGAUACCUGCUAACAAGGCCAUCAUCCGCAAGUGUGGAGGCAUCAAGUCUCUAGUUAACCUGCUCACUGGAACAAACCAGGCGCUGCUUGUGAAUGUAACCAGGGCAGUGGGUGCCUGUGCCACAGAUAUGGAAAACAUGGUAAUCAUUGACCAGCUUGAUGGAGUCCGCCUGGUGUGGUCCUUACUGAAAAACCCCAAUGCAGAUGUUCAAUCCAGUGCUGCAUGGGCCCUUUGUCCAUGUAUUGAGAAUGCAAAGGAUGCAGGGGAAAUGGUCCGCUCCCUCGUCGGUGGAUUUGAACUGAUUGUCAAUUUGCUCAAGUCAACAAACAACGAGGUGCUGGCAAGCAUUUGCGCUGCCAUCGCCAAAAUAGCCAAAGACAAGGAGAACCUGGCAAUCCUUACUGAUCACGGGGUUGUCCCACUGCUGGCCAAGCUGACAAACAAGACUGAUGACAGACUCCGUCGCCACCUGGCUGAGGCCAUUUGCCACUGCUGCAUGUGGGGCACCAACAGGGCAUCCUUUGGCGACGCAGGGGCCGUGGCCCCACUGGCGACCUACCUCAUGUCAAACGACAAGGCAGUGCACCAGAGCACUGCUAUGGCCCUGUACCAGCUGUCCAAGGAACCCAACAAUUGCAUCACCAUGCACCAAAAAGGAGUGGUCAAGCCCCUCAUCCACUUCAUGGGCUCUGAUGAUGAGAUGCUCCAGGAAGCUACUGCUGGCUGCGUGCGCAACAUCCGAACACUGUGUCUGGCUAAUAGACAGGCUCAAGAUCAGUGAUCACAGCAGCCCUGGAAAUCCCGUAGGGACUUGAACUUUGUGUUUGACUUUUUAAAAUAGCACGACACAAUUAAUUUAUGAAAGAUUUCAA